AUGACUAUGGACAAAGAGAAUAAUUCAUCGGAUACCUUGGACAGAUCCAAUAUAUCAUCGUUAAUACCGGAUUUUAGUUCAACAACAAAAGAUACAAAGCUGACUGAGACAAAAAUCGACAUUAAUAAAAUUCAAACGUGUUUCUGUCAGCAACACACGUUGAGUAACAUCAGGUUUCUUGCGUGUCCAGCACUGACUCCCAAUUUUAAGUCGUCUGCGUUUGCGACCGGACAAUGUCAUUGUCAGAGACUCCAAUUGAAUGGAUAUGAGCAGAAACCGCGGAACGAAGAGAACAAAAACUCUGACUGGCAACGCUUUAAUUGGAAAUGGCCUCGGCAAAGCUACGCGAGCAAAAAGGACAAAUCUUAUGAAGUCAAGUCCAAGAAUAAGAAACACUUUCGUAACGAUAAGCCCUUCGGAUGCUGCGAGAAAUUAGGAAUACCAGGGAAUAAAGCCUAUGAAUUGAAGGAUAUUAUCAAAAAUCCUAUCAAACAGAAAUUGUACCUGAAACAUGAAGCUGAAUUACCGGAAAAAAUUGAAAUCUACUACUUUGACCAUGGAAAUUCCGCGUACUACCGUACAACAGACAUACCACCAGUUUUGACAUCUGAAGCGAAGGCGGAGAAAACGGCCUUAGUAGCAACACGCUUUUGGGCUGAAAUAUUCGGCUAUAUACAUCUUGCAAUUUCCUUCCUCACCGCUUUAAUCUUGCAAUCGUUAAGAUUUCUUUUAUUCAGUAUCAUACGGCCAUUAAUCAUUGGAACAAUCCAACUCGUAGCCGAUUAUUUCGUCAAACCAUUACUCUCCAUCAUGUUCAACGGCUUAAUCCAACCAAUCCUAAUUCUUUUUUACAAUAUUGCAACGUCUAUUCGCGACUGUUGCGAACCAAUAGCUGCUGCUCUAGGUUUCUUCAUCAAAGAGUUUGCCGUAUUAUUUACUUCUUGUAGACUCGUUGAAGUGAACAACAGAGGGAACAACGGAGAUACGUGAGAAAUCAACAACAUUCUUUUAGU